AAAAUGCCGAGCUCAAGAAUGAAAUUGUAAAAUUAAAACGAGCUGUUAAGAAUAUUGAAAAGCAAAAUCGAAAAGUUACUAAUGAUUUAAAAUCUUCGGAAUAUUCCACUCCAUUACCUAACAAGAGUUGCUCAAAUG